AUGUCAACAUACAGCGCAAACAUCCACUCCAUCCCCUCAACCUCCACACCCCCCUUCCGCAUCCUCGCCUCACUAUCCCAAUCCAACUCCCAAAACGCCAACACCACCAGUUCACCACGCACCUCUCGCGCAUACCCAGAAGAACCAGAAUCCUCUGCAUCCCCCUCCCCACUUCCAAACUGGAACUACCCUCCCUCCACACUCCCCACGCAACUACAAGACCCCUCCCAUCCCACACCAACAAGGGAAACCACCUCAAACCCAGUCGAAGGAAAAUACCUCGAAGAAGAUCGAGCCAUCACACCACAGGCGCUCGACUCCCCAACAUACAACAGGGAAGGAAACACCAACGGGACCCGCAGCCCCCACACACCCCCCUCCAACCGCGCAUCUUCCAUCUCCCUCAGCACCAUACCGGAAGAACACCACGGGCUCCUAAGCGGACUCAACGCCUUAACAACACCAGGCCAUCGGUAUACCUACAUCCCAUCCAGCAUCCCCAACACACCAUCGCCCAAGUCCUCUUCCUCCACUGGAAGCGGAAAUGGAAUAACUUUCAGUGGAUAUGGAAGUAUCAACAGUACCGGAAUUAUCAAUGGGAAUGGAAGAACCCACACAUCAACAACACAAACCCAAACCCAAGCAGCGACACCAACCCCAAGCCAGCGAAACUCAAACUCCCACUCCACCCUCCCCUCAACCGCCCGAACCUCCUUCUUCAGCACGAGCUCAACAAGAGGAAGUACAUGGCUAGAAGAUACCUCCCCCCCAUCCAGCGCCCCCUCCUCUCGCUCUGGCUCCCCACGCUCGCCUAGUCCUUAUCCACAUUCGAAUACUCACUCAACAUCCCGGAUCUCAAAGUCAAAAAAGAACACCCACCCAGUUUCCACCUCUACCUCUCAGUCACACUCACACUCCCACCCCUCCUCAUCAAAACCCGCACCAAUUUCCUCCCCCCCACACUCCCAGCCCAAACCAGCUACGACACCGCGCAGCCAUCUGGAAAGGCGCUCAGUGUGAAAGACGAAGAGUAUAUCCGGCUAAUCACUGAGUUCCGAAGGGGAAUGAGCGAUAUGGAGAGGAAUGGUGGCUGUUUUGAUGUUGCUGGGGGUGGUGGGAGGGAGAUGCAAGAGAAGAAGGAGAAGAAGGGGAGGGGGGGUAUGAGGAGGAUUUUGGGGUUGAUUAGGGGGAGGAGUUAG